UUGAUGGGGAGAGGGUGGGGGGAGGAGGAAGAGGAGGAAAAAGGAAGAAGAAAGCUAUCUCCAUGGGCAUACUUUGCAUUGUCUUUGUGGCUAUAGUUUAAGUGAUGAGACUGAUUCAUGCAAUGAGUAGGCCCCCAGUGAACAAAACAUUGAAACACCAGAGAUGGUUUUUAGAAUUUUAGAUAUCUUUUCUCCUGUUGGAACUGGACUUCUUUAGGGGUGCUGGACACCCUGGUCUUGCUUGGUGAAUUAAUUGAUGGAGAUGGAGAUAAGACAGAUUCGGCACCAGCACCCUCUGUGGCUAAUGACUCCCUUGUGUACUGAAGCCAAGGACCAUCAAGGAAAAGACUGGACACAUGGAAAUUGCCUUAGACCACAGUGAGCAUUAUCUCUAUUGCUAACAUCCACAAGAUGGAAAAAAUGACUUUAAAGAAGAAAAAUAAGAUCAAGGAAAAAUCUACCUCUAUGAUCCCCUACAGGAAGUCAUUUUUGUCCCUUUUUCAGUUCUCUGAGGAUGCCCCUAAUACCAGGGUUGUUUUCAGCACCAGUACAUCAUCCACACCAAAUAUAGUCACGCCUUUGGACUGCUUACCAUACUUUAGAACAUAUGAAGGGACCUUUGAUGAACCAUCAACUUUGAAUUUGGGGUUCUGCCUCCAGAAAGAAGAAAUCAAUGUUAGGCACAAGGAGGACCAGAAAGACUUGGUUCCCUCUGGUGGAUUCUUUCCAUAUUAUCGAUCUCAGGAUGAAUUCUUAGUCAAACCACUUCUACGGAGCAGGUUAUGUAAAGCCCACAGGACAAACUCCAGAAAUGAGGAAAAAGGAGGAGAUUCUAAUAGGGAGCUUGCCAUUCACAACUAUACAGCCUCCUUGCUAGGUCUUAAACCAAAUUUUGAUCUCCAGUCCUUGCCCAAGAACUCUCCUCGUUGUAGGCCCCUUGUGUUCUCCAGUGAAACCUCUGAAGAAAGCCAAUUGGACGUCCCUUUGUUCAAUGAUGAUGCCACAUGCUCUGCAGGGUUCGUUUCCUAUUAUAGGAGUGAAGAGCCUCUCCAGGUCAGCCCCAUCCCAAUAAUUCUUUCUUCAGUUCCCAGAGGCCAUGAGUGGGAUGGAACUGAGGUAAAGAAAAGGAACUGGAUCAUACCGACUUACUUUGGGGUAAGUCAGAAACACAGCAAAUCUUAGAGAAUUCAGAUUUGCUUCUGACGAGAUCAGAACAGAUUCCAGCAACGUGGCUAUUCCUCCUAUAACAGCAGCUAUAUCAGCGUGUAGCAAGAGCAAAUAGCAGAGUGAAAGCCGUGAAACAUCUGGAGAGGAAGCACAGGGAGGGAGUUUUGUCCAUCUGUGUUUCAAUAUUGAGAAAAGAGAAGGAACUUGAUCUGAGGCUUAUGAACAUGAAAGAGAAGGGGGAAGAAAUGCCUGCAUUAAAUCUUUUUAUGCCAAAGUGCACCAUUGUUCAACUCCAGAGAGGAAUUGAGAGCUGGCUCCAGGAGUUUAGCCACACAUUCAAGCUAAAAAAAAUUAAAAAACAGACGUUACUAAAUAGCAGAUCUUCAUUAUCUCUUUCUAUCCUCUUCCUUGUCUCCCUUUACCUCAUACUUCAGUGACUAGUGAAUGACCAGACAUUGGGCAGGAGGAUCUCUAAGCACCAAACCAUCUGGUAGAGAAUUAGACUUAGAUCUUCCAUAUCUGAAAGAAUGUGCUUUGGGAUCACGGUGCCUUUCAUUGCUCACUGAUUUGAUAGUCACAUCCCCUUACACCACUAUUACACCCUUGAAUUGAAUUGUGACCUUUAAUUCCAGCUUCUUCCCUAUAUGGUAGCAGCGAGAGCCCACCUGGGAGAGACCCUUAAGUCUAUUUCCAGUGCCACUCUGAAUGCCUUUGGAUUGAGAAGAUGCCAGAUCACAGCCCAUAUCUAAAAAACAUGAAGGUAAUCCAAGCAUAAACAAGAAGAUCAAUACCAUAAAGUUAAUUUCUCUGAUUUGCUAUUAGUUUAACCCUUAAAUAAAGAGUCACUUGGGUCCAUAGUGAUUACUAGAUCUUACCCUGGCCUUUCACUGGGGAUUUGGAUGAGAUUGAAUGCCUUUAAAAAUUUUUUUUAAAUGAAAAAAAAAAUAAAGGUAGUACCAGGACUGAAAAGCAUUUGGAGCUGCGUUAUUUUUGUAAAUAAACAAUCAU